GAAUUGGACUAUGAUUGUGUUUGACUACUAUAGGUAUUAAAAAGAAAUUAUUAGUUUUGUUCAAUAACAAAUUGCUUUGUAAUAUGUUGCAACAAGGCUCAAGAUGGCGAGUAGCAAGGCUACACGCGCGGUCACUGACAGCUGACAGCCGGCACAUUCCGAGAACCAUUUCCGCUCCGUUUAUUAACGCCUCGUCGGCAAAACCUAUAUCAGCUGGUCUUGAUCGUUUAUCUUGAAUGUACCGAGAUCAUUUUUUGUUAACACCAAGUGUGAUUUUGAGAAUAAAUUUAAUUGGCCAGUCUGUCGACGUCCGCAACACCCGAAAGAAACCAAUAAAGAAUAACCAACCAUGCAAAAAAUGAUAAGAGUUUAUAAGGAUAAAAUUAGAAUAAUGAACAUACAAAUUGAAGUCACGUAUGACAAAUUAAAGUCUAGACGUCAUCAACUUUUUUAUUUAAUAAAAUUGAUAUUAAGAUUCAUUAAAGAAGAGGAAAAAAACAUUUCCAACUUGAAGAAAAAGGCAAACUUACUGGUUAAGUUGUUAAUGUCAAUUGGAUCGCAAAAAAUUAACCUGAUUGGAAUGUGGAGGCAAAAAGUGGGCGCCUGAUCAUGACACCGCCUCGGGUAGGAUGAUUGAAUGUUGUUUGUACUCGCAUCUUGUACUGACGUGGAACUCAGAGUUAUUGGUAUAAGUAAAGCAAGAUGGUCGAGAAUAGCACCCACUGUGCCUUAUCUGAAAAUAUAUGAGGAGAAAAGAAAAGUUUUGGACACUAGAAUUAAUGUAUUUAGCGAAAUAACUGGUAAAAAAAUAAAACCAGGUAUAAACAACUAUCAAAUCCAUUUUAACCUUCCUAAUGAUUUGCCGUCGUCAUUCAGAAGUUCAAUAGCUAGUGUAUCUUAUUAUAUUAAGAUAAUGUGUAAAGCGGCUUGUUGUCAAUCGAAGAUAAAAAUUGUUCCACUUAUUGUGAUGAGUAGGGUAGAUCUGAACCACUUGGAAGAGAAUAAGGUUGCCAUGAUGUACGAUAUGAACAAGACUUUCGCAACGUCUGGAACUUUGACGAUAUAUUUUAAAACGUACAGAUGCUUUGCGCCGAGACAAAGCCUACCGUUUGGAAUAGACAUUAGCAAUGACAAAAAAGCAAAAAUAAGCAAAAUCAUCGUCACAUUAGUACAGAAACUUGAAUAUAAUGUUACUGCGGGAUAUGCAAACGAUGAGAAAAAAAUAUGUAAAACGGAACGUAGCGAUUUUUGUAAUGAAACAAAGGAGUAUUGUCGCAUGUUUAUGGAUGUGCCGCAAACAGUGCCAUCUAGUGUCAACGUAACGAAUCCAAUGGUUAAAAUAUACUACGUAUUAAGGGUGGAAGUGAUUUUUACAUUUCACUUAACAUUAUCCGAAGACAUUCCUGUAACAAUAACAACGGUGCCUGUCCAACAUCUCGGUACAUAAAUACUCUAAAAAAAACUACAAUAUCUACGUAACAUUAAGUUAUUAAAAGUUAAUAUAUUUGUAAGUCCCCUAAAAAUAGAUUUCCUGUCAGAAAUUUACACUCUAGAUCUCCGACUCUAAAGGACGUUUAAUGAUUUUUUAUUAAAAUUCAAUAUGAGAUCAUAAACGUAUUAAUCUACUGAUAUGUUUAAAAAUUGGGACAUUGUUGGAAUUGGCUUGACUUUAUCCGUGAUCUUCUAUAUAAGGUUUUAGAAAACUUAAUAAUUUAUUACGCAAAACAUAACCUCAAUUCUUUGAUAACGAAAAGACUUAUAAAAUAUCCUAAGUACUAAUGAAUUAAUUUUUUUAUAAAACAUUGUAAACCGUCCGUGAGCUACUUAAAUUAA